UAGAAAAGUGCGUGGAUGCCGGCAGCAGCAAUGAGUCCUUGGAGACGCCGGCGGGUCGGCGUCGCCGAGGAGCGGCUGUCGCUGCUGCUCCUGCUGCUGCUGCUGGCGGCUUCUUUGCAGAUGUAUUGCUGGUCUUGAACAUUAUUCCAUUUGAAAGCACCAGGGAGGGUCAAUCACCAGGAUGUCCAAGCAUAAACUUAUUAUGUUGAGACAUGGGGAGGGUGCUUGGAAUAAGGAGAACCGAUUUUGCAGCUGGGUAGAUCAGAAACUAAACAGUGAAGGACUGGAGGAAGCUCGGAACUGUGGGAAGCAACUCAAGGCACUGAACUUUGAGUUUGAUCUUGUGUUCACAUCUAUCCUGAAUCGAUCCAUCCACACAGCCUGGCUGAUCCUGGAAGAGCUGGGGCAGGAAUGGGUUCCUGUGGAAAGCUCCUGGCGUCUGAACGAGCGUCAUUAUGGAGCCUUGAUUGGGCUCAAUAGGGAGAAAAUGGCAUUGAAUCACGGUGAAGAGCAAGUGAGGCUCUGGAGAAGAAGCUACAAUGUGACUCCACCUCCCAUUGAGGAAUCCCAUCCCUACUACCAUGAAAUCUACAGUGACCGGCGGUACAAAGUCUGCGAUGUACCCUUGGAGCAACUGCCACGAUCUGAAAGCUUGAAGGAUGUUCUGGAGAGACUCCUUCCCUAUUGGAAUGAAAGGAUUGCUCCAGAAGUGCUGAAAGGCAAAACCGUUCUGAUAUCUGCUCAUGGGAACAGCAGUAGAGCCCUCUUGAAACAUCUGGAAGGUAUCUCGGACGAAGACAUCAUCAAAAUCACUCUUCCCACUGGAGUCCCAAUUCUGUUGGAGCUGGAUGAGAACCUGCAUGCUGUUGGGCCUCACCAGUUCCUGGGUGACCAAGAAGCCAUCCAGGCUGCCAUUAAGAAAGUGGAGGAUCAAGGAAAAGUGAAAAAAGCCCCACAAUAAAGUCCUUUGCAGUUCUGGCGAGGGACAGACGCCAAAGGAGUGGCAUGCAAUGUGUUCUGGGUGCUGAUAUAUAUUGAUAUAUAUAUAUAUUUUUUUCUCUUUCUCUUUCCUGAUCAUCUGCAUCUUCCCUGGGCUAGGUCAUGCGGUACUGUUGGUGCAGGUAGCAAGGUAACUUAACUAGGCCCAGAAAGGCCUCUAGGAUGCCUAAGUGCUUAUGCCAUAAGCCUUAGGAGUUAGCUUUCCUCAUCAAAUCAAGUAACCAGUAGGGUUUAAUCAAGGUUGUUUUGUUAGUGUCUGAGAUGGGAAAGUAAGAAGUAGAGAUGGUUUAAGGUAUUCAGUAGUUUAAUAAAUCAUCACUGAGUAAUUGACAGGCACUCUUCCAAAAAAAUCACUUUUUAAUAAUUAAGACUUUCUGAAAUGUUAAGUAUUUCUAGGUAAUGCACUAUGCAUUAAUAUUUAUUUCUGAUCUUUUCCUCUCAGAAAAGGGAUGCUUUGCCCGUCAAAUGGGACAGCCCCAGAUGGGUCCCUUCAGGAAGGCCAGCCUCCCACCUGAAGAGCAGCGGCAAGGCCCGGUAGCCUCUGUUAGUGCAGAGUUAUCUUUGGUUUGACAUUCAGUAGAAUUCCUCUUUGGCCCUUAGAGUAAAAAGAAUAUAGACAGCUAUGGGUGUUUAUGUUUGCUUUCUGUUUUGUUUUUGGUGGGCUGUUUUUUUUUUUUUUUACUUUGAUCUUUGGGUACUUACAGUUGAUUGCAAAUAAAAUUCUGUAACAAAAAAAAUGACAUUACCAAGAUA